AUGGCGGCUCGGAUCUUCAUAUCCAGACGUCCACCAAAUGUCCGAGCAACACAAUCGGACUUGACACCCGCUGCGCGACGUGGUCGUCUUCCACCUCAGCUGUUAGAACCCCAACAGUUGCAACCAAAUCAAGAGAACCGUCUAGUUUGGCUUGCUGCUCGGAAAACCAAUUAUAAUAUACCUUUUACACAAGAAUCCUUAAAUAAACUUGAAGCAUCAUUAAAGUCAUUAGCAAAUACCUGGGGACCCAAUGUAUUAUCAAUUAAAGAAAAUCAGAAUAAGAGAUUGGUGGUGGAAAAAAUUGAUUUCAAAAAAUUAAAUUAUGUUAGAAUUAUUGAAAGAGCUAUAGAUUCGGAUGAUGCUACUUCUUUUGAAAAGGCAUUGCAAUUAACCACUUCAGUGAAAGAUAAGAGGAAAAAGCGUAAAAUUGAAGAAAUAAUUGACGAAAAACAAUUGAAGCAAAUCAAUGAACUUUUGUCUAAACCAUCAUUCAAAGAAUCUCAAGAAACUGAAUUAUUACAAGAUAUGAGUAUAAUGCUUAAUAAAAAAUCAACUAAAGAAAAACUUACUAUAAAAAUGUUUCGAUCAUCAAAUAAUUCUUUUCGAGAGUUUUGUGUUCAUGGUACUAAAUCUGAUUGCCGUAGAAAUAGAAAAACAUCUAGAGCUUGCAAAAAAUUACAUUUUCGGCCAAUGCUUCGAACUCAUACAGAUUUAGAAUUGGGCGAUUGUUCUUAUUUGAACACGUGCCAUCGUAUGGACACUUGCAAGUACGUACAUUAUGAAUUAGACGAUGAUGAAGAAAAGUGGACUUACGUUCAACGAAAGCCAAUUCCAUCGGGAGUGCUUCCACCUCAAUGGAUUAAUUGUGAUGUAAGAAAAUUUGAUUUUUCGAUUCUUGGAAAAUUUACAGUUAUAAUGGCCGAUCCGCCAUGGGAUAUUCAUAUGACGCUUCCUUAUGGUACUAUGACCGAUGAUGAAAUGAAAGCCAUGGCAAUCUCCGAAUUGCAAGAUGAAGGAUUAUUAUUCUUAUGGGUUACUGGAAGAGCUAUGGAGCUCGGACGAGAAUGCUUGGCUAUCUGGGGAUAUGACCGCGCAGAUGAACUUGUUUGGAUCAAAACUAAUCAACUACAGAGGCUUAUUAGAACGGGUCGUACUGGACAUUGGUUAAAUCACAGUAAGGAACAUUGUUUGGUAGGAAUAAAAGGCAAACCUGAAGAUUUAAAUAUAGGUCUCGAUUGUGAUGUUUUAGUUGGAGAGGUUCGAGAAACUAGUCGAAAGCCGGAUGAAAUCUAUGGUAUAAUAGAUCGGUUGGCUUCAGGAACACGAAAGUUAGAAAUUUUUGGUCGGAAACAUAAUACUCGACCAGGGUGGAUGACUCUUGGUAAUCAAUUAGAAGAUGUACGAAUAUAUGAACCUGAAUUAGUCGCAAAUUAUAAUGCACGAUAUCCCGAAGAUCCAUGUCAACUGACUCCAUUACCUCCAGAUUGGUAA